CGAUAGACUGGCACUAGUUAGGUAUCCAAUAUGGCGGCAGUGACUUCCAUUUUACGAGCUGGCCGGCAAGUUUGUAAAAACCCGUCUUUUGGAAGACCAUUUACUUUCGGAGUUAAACCAUCACCCUGCCAAAGAUGCACCUUAGUGCGACAACAGUUCCGCUUCAGAUCAAACAAAACAGAUGCUGAGGAACUUAUCAUUACAGAGGGCAGAUCACGGUUCAUUAUGCGGCCACUGGUCUUUACUGCUGGGGCAACCGCAGGCUCUUUUGCAGGGUGUGCCAUAUGGCAAUAUGAGAGGGUACGAGCAAGUUAUGCAAAGUGGAAACCACGCUGGAGCUCAUUUCAAUUCCCUAGAGCUUUUGGUUUCAGGGAUAAGUUAAACAGAUGGUGGAUGACUCUCCCAGAUGGCCAUAAAACUGCAGCAGGAAUUAUUUUUGUGAAUACUGUAGUAUUCUUACUGUGGAAGAUUCCUGCACCAAGAAUGCAAGCCUCAAUGUGGAGGUGGUUUAUUUCUCACCCAAUCAUUGCUUCUCCUGUCACUAUCCUUACAAGCUGUUUUAGUCACAUGGAUUUCUGGCACCUAGCAAUUAACAUGUAUGUCCUCUGGAGCUUCGCACCCACCAUACAGGCUCUUCUUGGACGAGAACAGUUUAUUGCAUUUUAUCUGAGUGGAGGCAUGUUUGCGUCACUUGCCAGUCAAGUCUUCAGGGUUCUAGCCAAGCAGCCAAUCAGACCCUCUCUUGGAGCAUCAGGGGCUCUGUUUGCUGUACUGUCACUCAUCUGUAUUCAUCUGCCAGAGACCGAGCUUUCUCUUAUAUUCCUACCUUGGUUUUCGUUCUCAGCAGGAAAGGCGCUGAUGGGCGUGGUGGCGCUAGAUGUCGCAGGCCUCGUCUUCAGGUGGUCCUUGUUUGAUCAUGCCGCUCAUCUCGGUGGGGUCAUCUUUGGAGCGUGGUACCUUAAGUACGGUCACUAUUACUUGUGGGAUCACCGCGGAUGGCUCGUCAAGAAAUGGCACCAGCUGCGAGGAAGCAAGCAAAAACCUCCUCCUUGAUGAUACAUGUCAAUCACAGCUGUCAAACCUGCCAAUCACAUGCGGUGAUUGGCCACGUGCCAUCGGUCAAGCGCGUCAACCAAGGAGGCUUGGUUACCCAGGCGCAAGGCGUAUUGCACGGACGGUAAAAUAAGGGGUUUACAGUUAAGAAAUUUGAAAGAAAUGACAGGUCGGAGGAGAUUUAUGAUAGGAAGAUGAUAAUGUGACCGGGGUACCAGGUCACGUGUGCUGAUACAUCAUGGGAAAUGCAUCACAUGAUUCUAGGACCAAUCACGGGAGAGACACGUGAUUAGUGAGGAAGUCACAAAGAUCCCAAAAAGGUGCGAAAACUAAAUCCAAAUAAGAAGCGAGAAAUUGCAAGACUAAAGAAACAAAUGUA